UGCAGUGAUUCAGCUGUCAAGCAAAUACUGCUCACAAUGAACGAGAAGGAUCCUUUCGUCAUCGAGGACCUAGAUGAUUACCAUCUGGUUAUCAAGGCAGAUGAGGAAUUCAGAGUGAGGAGGGAGCUUGAAGCUGAGUUGGAGAAGAAUACAUACAGUCUAGAAGCAAACUAG